UUUUUUUUUCCUUUUUUCUUCUUCAACCCAUACCCGCUCAUUCAUUCACCUCCAUUCUUUAUACAUCUUCCUUUCCCCCGCUCUCUCUAUCUUCCGACCUGUUCAAACCUACUCUCUUUACCCUCACUUUAUAAGAAGAAAAAGAAAAAGAAAAGACCAAGAUGUCCGAACAGUCAACGCUCCUUCUCAAACGCCAACUCAAAGAGCUCUCCAAGAAUCCUGUCGAGGGCUUCUCGGCUGGCCUAGUCGAUGAUGAUAACAUCUUCGAGUGGGAGAUUGUCAUUAUGGGACCACAGGAUACACUUUAUGAGGGCGGCUUCUUUAGGGCUAUCAUGACCUUCCCUCCCGAUUACCCUCUGAUGCCACCAAAGCUCAAAUUCACAACAGAAAUGUAUCACCCAAAUGUGUAUCCCAAUGGAGAGGUCUGCAUCUCAAUUUUGCAUCCCCCUGGUGAGGACAAAUAUGGAUAUGAACAGGCGAGUGAGCGCUGGUCACCGGUCCACACUGUUGAGACGAUUCUUGUGAGUGUCAUCUCGAUGCUCUCGAGCCCAAAUGACGAAAGUCCAGCAAACAUUGAGGCCGCAAAAGAGUUGCGCGAAAAUUACCCAUCGUUCAAGAAGAAGGUUCAGCGACUUGCAAGACGCUCAGCGGAUGAAUUCUAAAUCACAAAAGAAAUAUUGGACAAUAAUGAAUUGUUACAAGAACAUUUGUGGUCAUGAAUGGGAAAGAAGAAGAGAUAGCUGCCUGAUAUUGGCUGUAAUAAUAAAAGUAUUGCGUUUU